AUGUCCCACUCGUUCCCGCUGCCGACGCCCUCUUCUCUUGACCUGACGAUCGGCGCCGAGCUCGUCGGACUCGGCGUUUCGCUCGCAUUCUAUGGCGCGACGACCGGCCAGCUGUUCUGGUACUUUCGGAGGCUCGACGGGUUGAGCCUGAGGAAGUGGAUGGUCUACUACGUCUUAGUGUUAUGGUUGCUGGGAACCAUGCAAGUCGUGAUCUCCUCAUGUCUCGUGGGCAGAUACGUUGUCGUCGGAAGGGGUAAUCCCGCCGCCAUUUUCGGCUCCACCAAGGUUUACGCAGCAAAUGCCAUAACGUCGGACUUCAGCAGCUGCAUGGUCCGGUUUGGAUACUUUUACAGGAUCUGGAAAUUCAACCAGAAGCGAUAUCUCGCCUUGAUCAUUCUGGGUGCUGUCUUGACACUGCUAGUGACCGCACUGACCCUUUUCUUCGGCAUCGGCUCGGCCCGCUUGGAUUUCCUCUGGCAAAUUCCAGGAGCGCAUUUGACCUGGACGUUCUUCCUCGCGUCCGCCGCGCAGAUCGUGGUCGACUUCAUGAUCUCCUUCGCCGUCUUCGCUUCCUUCCUGCGGUUCUACUCUGGGGUCAAAAGAUUAGACCUGUUGAUCCGGACCAUCGUGAUCUUUGCACUCAGCACGGGCUCGCUGAACGUUCUCCUUUCGACCUGCAGCAUCAUCCUCCCGCUGAUCGGCCGCGAGCAGUUCAGCGUGCUUCCGGCGAGCUAUGUGUUCGUCGCCACGGUCUGGGUCUUCUGCCAGCUGGAGAUCUGCUCGUUCCUCGCCGUGCUCAACGCCGAGAAGGAGCUCGUGCACGAGUCGCUGACCCACGCGCAGCUCGCGCGUGGCACAGCUGGGGAGACGAUCCAGUUCACGACGAGGCUCGACCCUGGCUUUUUUACGCCUUGCAUACGGAACUUCUACUGCACGUUAGUCUUCUUUUUCUCGUUAGAAUUCGUCGCCCUCCUCACUCUGUUGAUCUCGACCUCCGUAUCUACCCCGCGCUCUCGCCCCUUCUACGACGAUCCUGAGCCGUCGGUACCCCACACCUCUAUGCCGCCUCCGCACACGGACCUACAGUAG